AUGAGUGAUGAGUCUAGCAAGAUGAGUGAUAGCUCUAAUGAGAAGAGUGUUGAGAAAGAGUGGAAACAAGAUGAGGAUUUCAAACCGAGACUUCCAUAUCCCCAAAGGUUCAAUAGGUACAAGUUGGAUGAACAAUUUGGGAGAUUUAUUGAGAUGCUAAGGAAAAUCCAUCUUUCUAUUCCUUUCACCGAUGUUUUGGGAGAAAUGCCUAACUAUUCUAAAUUUCUUAAGGAAAUCUUGAGCGGUAAGAGAGAUUGUAGUGUGGUUGAACCGGUGAGUUUGGGGGAGUGUUAUAGUGCCUUUAUCCAUAAUGACUUGCCCCCAAAGAUGAAUGAUCUAGGAAAUUUCUCUAUUCCUUGUAAUAUUAAUGGGAAAUUGUUUCAAAAUGCCCUUUGUGAUCUUGGUGCUAAUGUUAGCAUCAUGCCUUACUCCGUUUUCAAGAAACUCAAGUUAGGCGAGCUCCUUUCAACCAACAUGACCCUUCAAUUAGCCAACCGUUCUAUUAAGUUCCCAAAGGGUAGAAUUGAGGAUGUGCCCCUCAAAAUAGGAAAGUUCACUAUUCCCGUUGAUUUCAUUGUGCUUGAGAUUGCGGAAGAUGAAAAAAUUCCUAUCAUCCUAGGGAGGCCAUUCUUAGCAGCUUCGGGUGCUUUGAUAGAUGUGAAAGGUGGCAUGAUUACUUCUUGUGUUGGUGAUAGUAAGGCGAGUUUUAAGCUCAAGUCAAUGCAUGAGUCUCUAUCUUAUGUGCACGAAAUUAUGUGCAUAAACUCAUUGUCUUCGAAUUCUAAUGAUUUUGUGUUUGCUUCUUCUACUAACGAAAAUCUUGUAGCUUGUGAUGAUGUUCCUAAAAGUGUUGAAAGCAAGGUUGUUAGUGAAGAAGAAAAGGAUUCAUUGAAGGUUUAA